GAGAAAUAAAAGAAGAGAGAGAAAGUGAUGGAUGAAUAAAUGAAUGAAAUGAAUCUCGUAUAAGUAGGUCAUAGAUUUCACUUUCUCAGAACUCCAGCUUCUUCUCUCUCUCUCUGGAACUUCACGAAUCGUUCCAGAGAAAAACCCCAAACCGAAACCGCGUUUUCUUUAAAACGCACCACCAAAAGAAACAAAGAAAGCGAAACGCAAAAGUCAAGAACAGAACAAGAAAUGCCACCGUUUUUCUCCUUCUUCUUUCUCACAGCAAUGCCAUUGUAGCAAAGCACCCUUUCAUUUUCUUCCACCAAGAACCGAUUUUGCCACCGACCCAUUACUCCAAUGCUUCCCCUCCGCCUAAGCGCCGUCGUCUCGUCCCUCAUUCUCUGCUUCCUCCUCCCCCCCUUCUGCCUCGGAAUCCGCUCCUUUCCGACCACCGAAGACGGCGGCCACCGCUACGCGGAGGCCCCGGAUUACCGCAACGGCGCCGGCUGCCCCGCCGCCUCCUCCGGGCACUCCCUCCUCCCCUCCUGCGACCCCUCUCUGGUCCACAUCGCCAUGACCCUCGACUCCGGCUACCUCCGCGGCUCCAUCGCCGCCGUCCACUCCGUCCUCCGCCACUCCUCCUGCCCGGAAAACGUGUUCUUCCACUUCGUGGCCGCCGAGUUCGACCCGGCAAGCCCCCGGGUCCUGACCCGACUCGUUCGCUCCAUCUUCCCCUCUCUGAACUUCAAAGUUUACAUCUUUCGCGAAGACACAGUGAUAAACCUAAUCUCCUCUUCAAUCCGACAAGCCCUGGAAAACCCCUUGAACUACGCGCGCAACUACCUCGGCGACAUGCUGGACCCCUGCGUGGACCGCGUGAUCUACCUCGACUCCGACGUGGUCGUGGUCGACGACGUACGCAAGCUCUGGCGCGUGGCACUCGCAGGGUCGCGCGUGAUCGGCGCGCCGGAGUAUUGCCACGCGAACUUCACCAAGUACUUCACGGACGAGUUCUGGAACGACCCCGUUUUGUCGCGCGUGUUCGCGUCUCGGACCCCGUGCUACUUCAACACGGGGGUGAUGGUGAUGGACUUGGUGAGGUGGAGAGAGGGGAACUUUAGGAAGAAAAUCGAGAACUGGAUGGAACUCCAGAGGAAGAAGAGGAUUUACGAGUUGGGGUCUUUGCCUCCUUUUUUGCUUGUUUUUGCGGGCAAUGUUGAGGCUAUUGACCAUCGGUGGAACCAGCAUGGGCUUGGUGGGGACAACGUCAAUGGUGUUUGUAGGUCCCUUCAUCCUGGGCCUGUCAGUUUGUUGCAUUGGAGUGGUAAGGGCAAGCCUUGGGUUAGGCUUGAUGACAAGCAGCCUUGUCCUUUGGAUCGUCUUUGGGAGCCUUAUGAUUUGUAUAAGCCCAAGCAACUCAGGGAUGAUACGGUUAGGGAUCAGAAUUGGGGUUUCUCUUCUUCUAUUUUGGUUGGUUAUGCUCAUGAUUUGUUAUGAUCAUGAUGAUGAUGAUGAUCGUCGUGGUGGUGCUGAUUCUUUGGUGCAUUUGUUGUUCAGAGAUUCUUUGUUAGCGAUGUACAGAUUGUUCGGUAGAGGAGAUUUGUUGGGGCUUCAUUCUUUCUGUAGAAUUUCUCUUCUUUUUUUUUCUUUUAAGGUGUUUAAAUUCUUGUGCUUUAUUACAAAAUAUGGAAUUUCGAUUCUUUUCUCUGCUGGGGGGUUCCUUCUCUUGGAACAAUUUUGGUGGGUUUGUAUGGGACCAUUCAUUGUAUGUGCCAAACAAAGUGCAGAAUAACAGACAGUUGUUCAUUGUUUUA